ACAAACAAACAUCAAACCCAACUCAACCCAACCCAACCCAACCAACAACAACACUUCUUAACCUUAACCUCACGUGGUCCCUAACUCAACUCAACCUUUAACCCCCCAUCUUCUUAACUCUAGUUAACUCUCUCUCUCUCUCCUAACACUACCAAACAAAAUCCUUUUCUUUACUCACUCUCCUCUCUUCCUCCUUUUUCCUCCCUACUUCUUCACACUCCCUCUCUCUCUAAAACUAACGGCAUAUUCUCUCUCUACAAAUUCAUUCAUCCAUUCAUUAAUGUCGUUUUAUUAAUACUACUAGAUUGCAUUAAAGUAUUAAACGCCUCGUUUUGAGGAGGAAGGGAGUAAAUAAAUGGUGGUGAGGAUGAUGAAGUGGAGGCCGUGGCCACCGCCGAUGUUGACGAAAAAAUACGAGGUUAAAUUGGUGGUUAAGGCGGUGGAAGGGUGGUCUGAUCAGGUGCGGGAGGGUACACCGGAGAAAGAGGAAGAUCAUCAUCAUACUCAAAAUCAAGAUGAACAACAACAACAACAACAACAGAUGAGAAAAUUGACGGUCGAGAUUCGAUGGAAAGGACCACCAAAUAAUAAUAAGGUAGCUCUUAUGCGACGGAGGUCGGUGAAGAGGGAUUUCACCAAAGAAGUUGAGGAAAAUCAAAACGGUGCCGUUUUCGAAUGGAAUGAAGAGUUUCAGAAUGUUUGUAGUUUUUCUUCGGUGAAAGAUAAUUGCAAUUCUUUUCUUCCUUGGGAGAUCGGAUUCUCAGUUCUUCAUGGUUCGAAGCCAGGUCCAAAGAACAAGGUAGCUGACCUUGCAACUGGAACGCUAAAUCUUGCUGAAUAUGCAGCUAUGACUGAUCAAAAAGAAUUUGAGUUGAGCAUUCCUCUAACACUUUCCGGCAGUGCUGCUGAUCCUUGUCCUUCACUACAUAUAUCACUUAGCCUGCUGGAACUUAGAACUACCCAGGAUUCGGGAGAUUCACUUCAACGGUCUAUUGUUCCUGUGUCAUCACCUCCUCAGCCUGGGGAAACACUUCCACUUCCAGCAGAGAAGGAUGAACUUUCUGCACUAAAAGCCGGGCUAAGAAAAGUAAAAAUUCUGACAGAAUAUGUCUCAGCCAGAAGAUCAAAGAAAGCAUGCCGUGAAGAAGAGGGCAGUGAAGGGAGGUGCUCUUCUAGGAGUGAAGAUGGCGAUUACCAAUUUGACUCGGAUUCAUAUGAUGAAUUUGGUGAAAGAGAGACAACAGAUGAGCGCAAAGAGAAUGUUAGUGUCAGGAAGUCGUUUAGCUACGGGACUCUGGCAUAUGCUAAUAAUCAUGUGGGAGGAUCCUUUUUUCCUAGCACGCGUAUCACUAGCGAUGACGAAGAUUGGGUUUACUACAGUCACCGGAAGUCAGAUGUUGGAUGCUCAGUGAAAGAAGAUUCCACUUCAUUGGCUAGUGAGCCACCUCUUGUUGUGCAGAGUUCAAAGCGUAGUAUUCUUCCUUGGAGAAAGAGAAAGCAAAUUUUUAGAUCCCCUAAAGCUAAGGGAGAACCCUUGUUGAAGAAGGCUUAUGCUGAAGAAGGUGGGGAUGAUAUUGAUUUUGACCGACGCCAGCUCAGCUCAGAUGAAUCCAUCUCAUUUGGAUGGCGUAAGAGUGAAGAUGAAUUGGCAGCAAACCGGACAUCGAUAUCAGAAUUCGGUGAUGAUAGCUUUGCUGUAGGAAGCUGGGAACAGAAAGAAAUAGUGAGCCGUGAUGGACAGAUGAAGCUUUACGCACAAGUUUUCUUUGCUUCGAUUGAUCAGAGGAGUGAGAGAGCAGCUGGUGAAAGUGCUUGCACUGCUUUAGUCGCUGUUAUUGCUGACUGGUUCCAUAAUAAUCAAGGCAUUAUGCCAAUCAAAUCUCAGUUCGAUAGUCUGAUCAGAGAUGGCUCACUUGAAUGGAGGAAACUCUGUGAGAAUGAAACAUAUAGGGAAAGGUUUCCCGACAAACAUUUUGAUCUAGAAACUGUUCUGCAGGCCAAGAUUCGUCCUCUUUCUGUCCACCCCGGCAAGUCUUUUGUUGGAUUCUUCCACCCCGAAGAAACCGUUGAUGGCAAAUUCGACUUUUUACAAGGGGCAAUGUCUUUUGACGGGAUAUGGGACGAGAUUAGCCAUUGUAAUUCGGAGUCAGGCGAUCCCCAUGUUUACAUUAUUAGUUGGAACGACCACUUUUUCAUCCUCAAGGUGGAACCUGAUGCUUACUAUAUCAUUGACACGUUGGGAGAGAGGCUAUUUGAAGGAUGCAAUCAAGCCUAUGUGUUGAAAUUUGAUCGAAACACUAGGAUUGUUAAACUCCCGGCAAACUCCCAACCAUCGGAUGAAAAACCUGCCGUUGAUCAACCUAUCGAACAAAUAGAUGGUCCUGUUGAGGUCAAAGCUGAAGAAGAGCCAAUGAAGAGCGAGGAAGAGGAAGUGGUUUGUCAAGGGAAAGAGGUAUGCAGUGACUACAUAAAGAAUUUCAUGGCAGCACUUCCAAUAAGGGAACUGCUUACAGACCUUAAGAAAGGGCUAUUGUCUUCUCCACCACUGCAUCGUCUUCAGGUCGAGUUUCAUUACACACAGUUUCUCUCUUCUCCUUUAGCUGAGACGACGUCAGUUGCUGCGGAAGUGGUGCCUACUGUAAACUUGUCACAUGAAAUAACUGUAACGACUUCUGAAGUUGAUGCUGCAUAGAACAGUGUAUCUGUGUAUAUCUCUUAGUUAAGGUUUUUAACUGCGCUAACUGCUUUUUCCGUUGUUUGUUUUUAAGGGUUUCAAACGAGCUCUCGAGAAAAAUAGCAAAGAUGAGCUCGUGCGAGGCUUUUCCCUAAUAGGCUUAUUUUUCUGCAAAGCUCUUUAGGUUGGAUUUCCUCUUGUAAUCUUUUUUUUUAUAAAAUUUAAUUUUGUAAAGGGUCAGUUUGGAAUGAUAACUAGGCCUUUUGGAAACUGAGAUUCAAACUUUAAACUUUACCUCAAAUGUACUGUAAUUCUUUUCUCAA